AUGGUGAUAUGCACUCAGAAUGUGCACUCUGGCGAGCUACUAGACUCUUAUUAUGGAGCAAAAGUACCACCAUCUUCGGUGUGCAAGUCAUGUGAAUUUAUAGUGCCCCAGGAGAGCACAAGUCUCCGGACCCAAUCGGGAGAUCAAAUUUACAUCAGUACGCAGCAUCCAUCAUCACAGCCCAGAUAUGCAGCCCUACGCCAAACGAUAAUGCGAGUUUUUACAAUUGAAUCGAAUCAUGAUAUGAAUAAGCCUUUAAGCUUCGGCGAUUCCAAAAACGGAUAUUCUGUGAGUUUGGGCUUCAAGCUUAUAGAUGAUACCGCUAGGGGGUCGGAAAGACGAUAUUCCCUUAUUUUUACCUGCGACAGCGAACAGAAGCUUUAUGAGAACUACUCUGUCAUUCUUGAUCAGCUGAUUGCCAUGGUCAAAUAUAUCACAACAAGAUCGAUGCACAUCAUAGGAAACCGUCGCAAAAACGAGAAUAAUAACGAGACGUACCUGCGCAGGGGGUCUCGGAUGCCCAAAAUCAAAAGCAUCAUCGAAUUGUUGCAGGAUGACAACUUCUUUGUAAAAUUACAUCUGUGGGCCUCGUCAUUACUUGACCAAUUAUAA